GAUCUCUACCCCACUCCUUGCUUAUUAUUUGGACCUAAUUACUUUUCAGAGAACUAUACAAAGUAAUGCGGUAAAUGUGAGCUCAGAGUAAUGUCCAUUGGAUGUAAUAACUGACUGCAAAAAUAAACAACCCCCAGUAAGAUCAGAUACUGGACUUUAAACCUUCCUGCACAGUCUAGCUUUAGGAGAGAGUGAAGCUGGAGGGUUUUAUGGGGACUUUAUCCACAAUGGCUUGGCUUCUGGGGUUCGUCCUCUCAUCACUUGUUCCCACAGAGGCAAAUCAACAAGUCUUCCUCCCCAGUAAUGCUGCCCAUGGACUUUUGAGCAGACAGAAACGUAAGAAUUUCUUGCUGGAGGAGCUCAGACCAGGCAACUUGGAGCGAGAGUGCAGAGAGGAGCAGUGUGACUUCGAGGAGGUGAGGGAAGUGUUUGAGAACAACGAGGAGGCGUGGAAGUUCUUCAGGACUUACAUGGUUACUAGCAACGUGUGUGCAUCAGCUCCUUGUUGGAAUGGUGGGACCUGUCACAGCACUCCUGGUGACUAUAACUGCACAUGUAAGACAGGCUACAGUGGCAGGAGCUGUGAGAUCGAAAAUGAUGUGUGUGCAUCCAACCCAUGCAAGAAUGGAGGAUGGUGUCAGAAUGAAGCCACGCACUAUAAGUGUUCUUGUGAAACUGGCUAUUAUGGUCAAAACUGUGAACAUGGUCCCCAGGACUGUACAUCACACGGGCAAACCUGUGAUCACUUCUGUAAGUUAAAAGAUGUUUACCUAUGCUGUUACUGUGCCCAGGGAUAUAAACUUGGGGAAGAUCAGAAGAGCUGUGUUCCUGAAGUGCCUUAUCCAUGUGGAAAGCUGUCGAUUCCUUCAGCAAUUGAUGAUUCUGACUUGAUCCUCAGGGCAAUCAUUGGUGACCAGCGAUGUCAAAGAGGUGAAUACCCUUGGCAGGUAUUAUUAAAACAUAAUGAUGAAAUAGUCUGCGGGGGUGUCAUUCUGAAUGAGGACUUCGUGCUAACCUCGGCUGCCUGUGUGAACCACUUGCAUUCCUUCACAGUUGUCCUUGGAGAGUACAACCUGGAAGUAGAUGAAGGCAUUGAACAAACAAUUAACGUCAGUCGAAUGCACAUCCACUCAAGAUAUUCCCGGAUGACCUUCGAGAAUGAUAUUGCACUACUGGAGCUGGAAACACCAAUUCAGUUCAACAACUACACCAGCCCCAUCUGUCUUCCCGAGGCAGACUUCGCCGAAUUCUUUUUGAUGAACUCUGAAUAUGGGGCUGUAAGUGGAUGGAAACUGAAACAGGGUCGUGUUGAGCAGCCAGUUCUCCUCGGGGUCCCAUAUGUCCCUUACAUCAAACACGCCAGUUGUGAGGGGGUACAGCCUUUUCCUAUUGUACAUCGAAUGUUUUGUGCAGGGUUUGAAGAAUUAGCAGAUCCACUGUGUUCUUUAACCAGAGGAAGUCCCCUUGUAACUAGCUACAAGGGUGUAUGGUUCCUGACAGGCAUGAGUUUAGGGGCUGAUGAAUAUAAUUGUAAUAAGAUACCAGUAUACACCAAAGUAUCAAGGUACGUAAAUUGGAUUAAAAAGAUAAUGAGACAGACACGCUCAGGUCACUAGCUAAAUACACAACAUAACAAGCUGACACUUUGUGCUUUUUUCACUAAUGUUCCACAGACAGAGGUACAGAAGUAGAAAGGACGAACUGAAAAUAAAUUAAUUAUUUUGCUGACUCAAGUUUCUGUGGGUAAUUACAGGAGAAAACAAAUGUUUUACCUUGUAGAUAGCAAAUGGUUUAAAUCAUUCCAAAAAACACAUAGAACUGUUAAUAAAAUGAUGUCAUUGAAAAUA